CGCUGCGCUCUGAGGUGGUGUGGGGCGCGAAGCCCCCCGGGCCGGGUGAGGCGCGGGCGGCGGGAUGCGGCGGCGGCCGUGGCGGGGUCGCGGUCCGGGCGGACAGGCGCGGUGAUGAGCUUCGGCAGCUCCCGCCAUGUCCAAGGUAACGGCUCCCGGGCCCGGGCCGCCGGUGGCGGCGGGCGGGAAGGAGAAGCGCUCGUUCAGCAAGCGGCUGUUCCGGAGCGGCCGCGCCGGGGGCGGCGGCGGAGCUGGGGGCCCUGGACCGGCCGCGCCCUCGUCGUCGGCGCGCUCGGUGGGCAGCUUCAUGAGCCGCGUCCUCAAGACGCUGUCCACGCUCUCGCACCUCAGCUCCGAGGGCGCCGCCCCGGACCGCGGCGGCCUCCGCAGCUGCUUCCCGCCCGGGCCGGCCUCCGCGCCUACGCCGCCGCCGUGCCCGCCGCCGCCCGCCUCGCCCGCUCCGCCCGCCUCUGCUUCCGAGCCGGUGCCCGGCGUGGCGGGGCUCCGCAACCACGGCAACACGUGCUUCAUGAACGCCACGCUGCAGUGCCUCAGCAACACCGAGCUCUUCGCCGAGUACCUGGCCCUGGGCCAGUACCGGCUGGGCCGCCCGGAGCCGUCGCCUGAACCGGAGCAGCCGGCGGGUCGCGGCCCGCACGGUCAGGGCGAGGUCACCGAGCAGCUGGCGCACCUGGUGCGGGCGCUCUGGACGCUGGAGUACACCCCGCAGCACAGCCGAGACUUCAAGAGUAUCGUAUCAAAGAAUGCUCUGCAGUAUCGAGGAAAUUCCCAGCAUGAUGCCCAGGAGUUUCUGCUAUGGCUUUUGGAUCGAGUUCAUGAAGACCUUAAUCAUGCUGUAAAGCAGAGUGGCCAGCCUCCUCUGAAGCCACCAUCAGAGACUGAUAUGAUGCCUGAGGGACCAUCUUUUCCUGUGUGUAGCACUUUUGUACAAGAACUUUUUCAAGCCCAGUACAGAUCUUCUUUGACGUGUCCUCAUUGUCAGAAACAGAGCAACACUUUUGACCCUUUCCUGUGCAUUUCUUUGCCAAUUCCACUACCCCACACAAGGCCUCUCUAUGUCACUGUAGUGUAUCAAGGGAAAUGUUCCCACUGCAUGAGGAUUGGUGUGGCUGUGCCUCUGUCUGGGACUGUUGCCAGACUUCGGGAAGCUGUGUCUAUGGAGACAAAGAUCCCCACUGAUCAGAUUGUGCUCACCGAAAUGUACUAUGAUGGGUUCCAUCGUUCCUUCAGUGACACAGAUGACCUGGAGACCGUUCAUGAAAGUGAUUGCAUUUUUGCCUUUGAGACUCCAGAAAUAUUUAGACCUGAAGGAAUUCUCAGUCAAAGAGGCAUUCACUUAAAUAACAAUUUAAACCACUUGAAAUUUGGCUUGGAUCAUCACAGACUAUCUUCCCCACCAUCAACAGCAGCAAAACAAGGGAAAGUGGACUUGCCCACCAGAGUGGCAAACGACAAGAUUGUUCUGCUUGUGUGUAACCGGGCCUGUACGGGGCAGCAAGGGAAAAGAUUUGGACUGCCUUUUGUCCUGCACCUAGAGAAGACAGUAGCAUGGGACCUUCUGCAGAAGGAGAUCUUGGAGAAGAUGAAGUAUUUCUUGAGGCCUACUGUCAGCAUCCAGGUGUGUCCAUUCAGUUUGCGUGUGGUCAGUGUUGUGGGAAUAACUUACUUGCUGCCUCAGGAAGAACAGCCCUUGUGCCACCCGACAGUAGAAAGGGCAUUAAAAUCCUGUGGACCAGGUGGCACCGCUCAUGUGAAACUGGUAGUAGAAUGGGACAAGGAGACAAAAGAUUUCUUGUUUAUAAACACUGAAGAUGAAUAUAUCCCUGAUGCAGAGAGUGUCCGUCUGCAGAAGGAGCAUCAUCAUCAGCCACAAACCUGCACUUUAUCCCAGUGUUUUCAACUCUACACCAAAGAAGAACGGCUUGCUCCAGAUGAUGCAUGGCGAUGCCCACACUGCAAGCAGCUGCAACAGGGGAGCAUCACAUUAAGCCUGUGGACUCUGCCUGAUGUGCUUAUUAUACACCUCAAGAGAUUCCGCCAGGAAGGAGACAGGCGCAUGAAACUUCAGAACAUGGUCAAGUUCCCCUUGACUGGCCUGGACAUGACACCCCAUGUGGUUAAGAGAAGUCAGAGCAGCUGGAGCUUGCCAUCUCAUUGGUCCCCAUGGAGACGGCCCUAUGGACUCGGGAGGGACCCUGAGGACUACAUCUAUGACCUGUAUGCUGUGUGCAAUCAUCAUGGCACCAUGCAAGGGGGGCACUACACAGCGUACUGUAAGAACUCCGUGGACGGUCUAUGGUAUUGCUUCGAUGACAGCGAUGUGCAGCAGCUGUCAGAAGAUGAGGUGUGCACACAGACAGCUUACAUACUUUUCUACCAGAGGCGGACAGCCAUCCCAUCAUGGUCAGCUAAUAGCUCGGUGGCAGGUUCUACAAGUUCUUCUCUGUGUGAGCACUGGGUGAGCCGGCUCCCAGGGAGCAAGCAAGCCAGCGUGACCUCUGCAGCCUCCUCCAGACGCACCUCCUUGGCUUCCCUCUCUGAGUCUGUGGAGAUGACUGGGGAAAGGAGUGAAGACGAUGGAGGCUUCUCUACUCGACCAUUUGUGAGAAGUGUGCAGCGUCAAAGCCUGUCAUCCAGAUCUUCUGUCACCAGCCCCUUGGCCGUCAAUGAAAAUUGCAUGCGGCCUUCUUGGUCCCUGUCUGCCAAGCUACAGAUGCGCUCCAGUUCUCCUUCCCGCUUCUCAGGGGACUCCCCGAUCCAUGGGUCUGCCUCCACCCUUGAAAGGAUUGGGGAGGCAGGUGAUGACAAAGUGUCCAUAUCUUGCUUCGGUAGUCUACGGAACCUUUCUGGUAGUCACCAGGAACCAAGUGACAGUCACAAUAGACGAGAGCACAAGGCUGUGGGCCGGGCCCCAUUGGCUGUCAUGGAAGGUGUGUUCAAAGAUGAGUCAGACUCUCGAAAAUUGAACUCCAAUGUUGUAGACAUACCAAACAAAAAUCUAGCACAAGGGGAUUGCUUGCCCCCCAUUUCUGAUCCUUUUGAUAAUAAUAACCAGAUUGCGUAUGUGGAUCAGAGUGAUUCUGUUGACAGCUCUCCAGUCAAAGAGGUGAAACCUCCAAGCCACCCAGACUCCCUCACAAAGAAGCCAGAGAGCACAACCAAGAGAUCCCCUAGUUCCAAAGGCACUUCUGAGCCAGAGAAGAGCAUGCGGAAGGGGAGGCCAGCCUUGGCCAGCCAGGAAUCUUCUCUUUCAAGUCCAUCCCCUUCUUCACCUGUUCCUGUGAAGGUUUCCUUGAAACCUGCCCGCUGUCGGAGCAAAGCAGAUUCUUCCAGGGCCAGUGGAAGGCAUUCAUCCCCUGCCUCUACCCAACCCAAAAAAGAAUCGUCCCCCAGGUCCCAGGAAUCCAUGUCAUCUCCUUCACCACAGAAGCAAAAGUCUGCUUCUGCCUUCACUUACUCUUCUUCCUCCAUAUCUGCCAAAAAAGCCCCAGGCCCUGCCACCAGGGGCUCCUUACCUUCUGGGAAGAGUAGGACUUCUGACCGGAGCUUGAGUAGAGAGGGUUCCAGACAAAGUUUAGGUUCUGACAGAGCCAGUGUCACCUCCACCUCCACCUCCAAACCUAGCUCCCCUCGGGUGAAUCAGGCCAGAUCAGGAGACAACAGAGUUGACGGCAAACACGUUCGGAGCUCUUCCAUGGCCAGCCUGCGCUCACCUAGCACAAGUGUGCGCUCUGGGUUGAAGAGGGACAGCAAGUCUGAGGACAAAGGACUGUCCUUCUUUAAGUCAGCCUUGAGACAGAAAGAAACCCGGCGGUCUACUGAUCUUGGCAAGACAACCUUGCUGUCCAAAAAGGCUGGUGGGAGUUCUGUCAAGUCCGUCAGUAAGAACACCACAGAUGACAAGGCAGAGAAAGGCCAUCAGUCCCCAGGCUCACAGCAGCCAAACACAAAUGCAGUUGGAAAAGAACAGCUUGUCUCAAAGGACCCUGCUUCUGCUAAACAUUCCUUGCUAUCUGCUCGAAGAUCCAAGUCUUCCCAGCUAGAUUCCGGAGUUCCUUUGUCUCCCAGUAGCAGGCUGGCCACCGAGAAAGGCUCCAAAAAGCUGUCUUCUAGCAUGCAAACCUCUGCACGGCCUUCUCAAAAACCCCAGUGAUCUUCUGCAAUCCGGGUGUUUUAUCUGUACAGAUGUUUAUUUAUUUAGAACUCCCUUCCCACCAAAGCCCUCUAUGCUUUUAUUUUGUAUUUUUUUGGGGGUUAUGUGCCUGACUGUGUGAGAGAAUAUGAGUGUGUGUCUGGAAUUCAAAUUGUUAAAAGCGUCGCCUUAUUCUGCCAUUGAACCAAAUAACAGCCAUAGGCAAAGCAUUGAUACCAAGCUAACUGGAAUAACUGUAGAAAAUAAUCUGGAUAGUCCCUUUAGCAAUUGUACCUGUUUCUUUCUAGAGAACUCUAAUGACUUUGGUUGGACACUAGAGUUUGGAAACCUGUGAACCAAUUAAGCUAUCAGUCUGUAAACAGAUGAAUUGUUUGACUUGGGUUUUCAUCUGAGCAGGAUUUAUCUUCAUGUAGAUUGUUGAGUGCCGUCAGGAGCUUAGAAAACAAACAAAACAAAAACUGUGACGCUAACAACAUAAACUGAGGGAAAACUUGCUUUCUGCACUUUGGCCCCAUCUACCAGUCUUUGUAAGGGCAAUAUCUUAACACUAAUGUUUCUCAGGUAUAUAUACUCAGCUAGUCUAGGAUGGAUGUACAUUACUAAUAAAUGGGUUCAAGAGGAAGAUGACAUGGGGGGAGGGUGACUAUCCUUUCUCCCACUGCCACGGGUAAAGGUUUCAGAGGUAGACAGAAAAUCUAUGCUACCUUCAUAUCUGCAUUUAUAUGCAUACCCUAGCCUGUCUUGACUCCUUGGAUAUGUUCUAAGAUUUGGCAAUUUUUGGAUAGUCAGAAAGCUAGUCACUAAUAUAUUUUUCAUUCUAAAUUUGCUGGCUAAAGCCAUUGGAAUUUUGAACUGUAGCUGAACAGUUAAUGCUUUUGAAAGAUUCCCAGAAAAAGUUUUAUUCCAAGCUGGAAGCCUGAGUUUACCAUUUUCCUCCCCUGAUGUUGCUUUUUUCUGUUAGAAGUUUGAGGAUCUCCUACUCCCCUUGUGUGCAUGCUUACUGCCUUGUCUUGCUGCUUGGAAAAGAAAGAAGUUGCCUCCUACCAAGAGCCACUGGUGGUGUGGUGAUGUGUUGUGAGACAAAGCAUUGCACAUGCACUUUGGAUCGUACCUGUCAGUCUUCCUUGUGACUGCUUCUUUAUAGCUCUUUUAUGUCUGCUCUGUCCUGAAGAGUUAACCUCAGACCCAGAACUCAAGCAGAGUCUGGCAUAUGUUCCCUCUGACAUGUAGUUGCCAAUUGCGUUACUAUAGAUGAAAAGGGGGACCUCAAACCUCUCUGGAUUCUCACAGGUAAAACAUAGUUUUCCAAGCCUUGUGGAAAUCACUUGGAAAUACUUUCCAGUCCAGUUUUUUGGUGUCCUCUUUUUUUUUUUUCUUCUUCUUUUUUUUAAUAUCAAGAGAAUUGAGGUCUUGAUUCUCAGAGUAGCAUUUGUCACUUUGUCAUUAAAUAUAGCAUGUUAAGUUUAUGUGUUAUUACAUACUAAAGCUCAUGGUUCCCAGGUCCACACGAAUUCCCUCUUCAGUAUUUCUGUGACGUGGCCGCGGUGCAUAUUGCAUGCGGUGUGAUUUCUGCACUGUCCUUUUGUUCUUUAUGUUAAGAAUACCUCCUGGGAAGUACUUUCCACUAGUUAACUUAAGUUUAUUUUGCUGCUAAUAUGGACAUUAGCUGGUAGCUUGCAGGUUCAAGGUGACUGGGUAUUUGAGGCUUAGGUGUUCAGCUUUGUGCACGUUACCACAGUGCUCCACACAAUCGUGUGUGUGUGUGUGUGUGUGUGUGUGUGUGUGUGCAGUGCCCACUGCACUCAAUCCUGUACUGGCUGCUUCUGUCCCUCCUCCCCCGCCCCUUGUGGCUUCCCAAAGCCUCCAGGCUCUCUGCCCUUUGUGUGACUGAGGUGACAGCUGCCUUUUCAUGUCGUCAUUGUUCAGUGGCACACGGUCAGCCCCAGCAGUAUUUGGCCACCUAUCUUGUUUUAUUUUCUAAAAAAGCAUCAAAUGUGAGGCCAUCAGUAUCAGGAAUUGAGCAUUUGUGUGAUUUGAGCCUCUGAAAUGGUCUUAGAAUUAGAGUGUGAUAAGACAAAGGAUUUUAAUAACAAGCUGUUUUGCCAUAAUUAAGAUGACGAGAAGCUAGUUUAAUUUUCACAGUACUACAUAGUUUGUUCUUGAAUGCAGUAGGAAUGGAUUCUCCCUCCCACAUAUAUCAUGCUUUCUUAAACAAAACAGAAAAAUCUUCUUCAAGUCUCUACUUUUCCAUGGGAUCAAGAAAGACAGUUUCUAUAAUGUAAUAAAAUUGAAAAGAUGUAUGUAUAUGGAAUUUAGUCCUUAUUUCAUAUUUAAUUUAAUAGAAAAAAAUCAUCAUUGUCUAGGCUAUGAAGCUGCCAUGCUUGUGAGGUUGGGAAACAAUGCAAUCUAAUUCCUUACUGCUGGGGUGUGUUUAAGACCCAGAAAAGGCUGCUCUGACAGUGUUGUCAUAAGAGCUUAUGAGAACAUUGCUGCUUGGUUCAUUCAGUUCUCUGGCAGGGUUAAGUUACUGCAGUCUUUCCCCAGUGAUUUGGAUAUAGUGAACAUACUGAGCCUGGUUAGGGCAGUCAUUCCCCGUAGGCACACAGCACCAACCAACAGAAUGAUGCAUUGGUAAUUUUUGGGGGGAUGUUAAGUAAGCCCCCCUUUAUCCUUGCUCUUUUCCUGUAGAACACCCUGUGCAUGAGGCUACACCAUCCCUUAAGCCAGCCUUCCUCCUUGCCUUCAUGAUGAUGCUUACUCAUGUCCCUUACAGCCCUCGCCAACCUCAUUUAUUUCUUCUUAUGCCUGAGAGUGAGUGGUGCCAUGUCUAAUCAAUAGAGCAAUGUGGUAUAUCUGCUGUGCCACAUUUAAUUCAUUUGGGCCUGCUUUGCAAAGUCAAACAGAAAGCUUCGGCAGUCUGCUGUAGUUGAGGAGUCCUGGGAGACACCAAAGCAAACAGGGCCUGCCAUGAAGUGGUGGUCUUCAUCAGAAACACCCAAACAGAUUAUGGUUGGGUAAGACAUGAGGUUCCUUGAGUUUUUGUCUGGAAAUCAAAAGUGUCCUUGUUUAUCUCUGGAGACAUUGUGGUCUUCUGGCCACUGGAUCAGACUGAGCUGUCUGUACUGUAUAGUGGUUAAAAUCUAGUAUCUGGUCACUUUACAUUAGAAUCAACCCUCUAUGUUUCUAUGAGAUGGCUGUGGAGAUUGCUGAGGGAUGGGAUGCACUGUCCCCGUCUAACUAAUAAGUAGGAGUGGUAUGUUAAGGGAGCAGUAGUAGCAGCUUAAGGGAUAUGGAUGAAAGGGUUGUAAACAAAGCUCAUUUCAGAUAAACCCUCUUUAAGUUUUGAUAGAUUACUAAUAGCUGAAGUUACAGUUUCCUGUGUACAUUGUCAUUGAAUACAAAGGUAAUUAGUGUCUGGUUUGGACUUUUGAGCUAGGAUGAAAAUCAUAAGCACAGUUUCAAUAAAACACGGUUUGGAGGUGCAUUGAUACUUAGAUUUUGGAGUUGAGAAGGGAAAAAUUUGCCGGCAAACCAGUGCCUACCAUAAAGACAACUUAGCUGCUAGUAUGCAGGCUGCUCUUGCUUGAGUUUUAUAAAGAGCUCAUUGCUAUUCAGCUGACUGCACCUUCAGUUGGGACAUCAUGCUUUUGUUUCAGUCAGUGCUGCCUUGUGAUCAGACCCCAGAUUGUUCUUCCUGGCUGCCUUUUGAGCAUGACCGAUCAUUUUUACCCUGAAGUAGAGACAGCAGUUUUGCAUGCCCUCCUUCUAACCCAGAAAGCAUGCUCAUACUACCUAUGCAAGCAACCGGUUGAAAAGCAUACGGAGAAACUACACUAAACAUUGAGUUUUAAAUAAGAAAAAAGACAACUCAGAUCCUGGAGCUCUAUUUUUGAAUUUGUGAUUUUUAAAGCGUGGCUUCAUCAUCAGUGUAGGGGAGCCUGAGUGUGAAUUUUAGGUUGCUUGGCAUCUCUUUCUCUGCCAGUCUUUUUUUUUUUUUUUUAAUUAUCAUUGGUGAGAUUGUGUGUAAAAUAGGAUUUUGCAAGCAGGAGUGGAUUGGAUAUGUUGAAUAUACACUGGUGUAUAUAUUGUAUUUAGCCUGAAGACUUUCCUAAAGUAUUUUGUUCUAAGAAAUAACCUGCCAUUUUCUAUAGAUUUUAAUUUUUUAUAUCUUCUGGUGUCGUUCAUCACAAGGAGAGAUGUGGCUUCAUAUAGUGCUAACAAUUUUUAAAUGCUUUUGUAGAGACUUGGAGGUGUUUAGGAAGACUCUGGGACUUCCCACUCACUGGUCUCAGUAAGAUUAAGGAUGCGGAAUAUAUGGUAGUGUUAAACAAUGGAUUCAGGUCUAGAUUGUUUUCCAUGGGGCAGGGGUGGGGCAGAGGCUCAUAGCAUAGGUGAACGAUGUCUUUGAAUCCCAUACAUACACUGUCCCGAGGCCUCUUCUGGAUGAUUCACCCUAGGUCACUGGGAUCAUCAAGGGACUUGGAAGGCCUGGGCCUCUCCCAGGCUUUUGAUGCUGGGUGACUUUCUCUCCUUAUUCCAGUCAGAAUCGAGAAGGAUGUGGUACACCAUCUCUCUGCCAACAGUUUAUGGCGAGAAUCAUCACUGCCAUACAAAGUACUCAGGAGGAAUUCCAGUUGCGUUGGACAAGAAAAUUAAAAGAAGCUGUCAAUCCCCUGCUCGAAUUCAGGGGACAAGAGCUUUCUGACUUCAAGGUCUGAUUUGGACCUGUGAAGCAUUUUAUGGGUGGUAUGUUACUUGCCAGUCUGGGGAUUGUUCUUACUUCCUGGUGGCAAGCAGAGUGCCCCAAGGGGUCCAGAUUCAUUCCCAGAGCCUCUGUUCAGAUUCUGCUGUCGGACUGAGACCCAUGCAGGAAGGGAAGUCACUCCAUGUUAGACAAUGUGGCAGAAGACGGUGGAGAGCUAGCUGUCCGGCCAUGCAGACCCUGCUCUGCUUUUGACAGCACAGUUGCAAAGCACAGGUUGCACGGGCCCCCUGCUCUGAUUGCACUCCACUCUAGGUCUUUCCUACUCAGAAUGUUGCUCUAGGAGUCCUUUUAAAUUUAAAAACAAAUGUGAAACAUUCUAUUGAAAUUAUUUUGAUGCUCUCAUUCCUAUUUUUUCAUGUAAUUAAAUCAAUACCUAUCCAGGAAUUUGGCAGUAUAUGUUACCUUCAGAGGCACAAGAAGUUUGGUUUUAAUCUGUGGUGAGCCAGGUGCACUAUACCAUCUUCAAAAUAAUCUACUGUGCUGUGUGGCCUCAUCUUAUUGAACAUCAGGCUGCCUACAAAAAGGAGAAAAACAGUUUAUCUGACGUGGCUCAUAUUUUAAGGAGUAAGGGUAUCAGGGAAAAUCAGAGCUGGAACAGCUUUGGCACACGGCCUCCCAGAGUCGAGCUCUCUGCUGCUGUGAACACGCAGCAUGAACUUUCCUAGGUGCUAUUCCAGACUGGGGGGCUGUGUUUCUGCACUUGCGGUUCUGUCGGUCUUUCCUGUAGGCAUAUAUGUUCUGUGUAGGUCUGCUCACCGACUGUGCCUCUCACCACUGGUUAAAAUUGAAUUUGGGCCUCAUUACCAAAAUGGUUUCUUGAUUCUCUUGUGUAUUCACAGCGGCGUUUAUUUCUCUAGUUGUCUUCACAGCUGCAUGUCAUAUCACUGUACACAAAACGCUUUGGUGUCAUUCAUGAGCCAUAGUGAGCGCUGUAUAAAUUCUUCAGUAAAAGGAUGGCAGAGUGUCUUUCCUGCAGGCUGGAAGAAAGUGUAUCCUACAUUUUAAAUUAUUUUAGGCCGAGUGCAUGAGGUAUGUCACUGCCUUCUGUUAUUUAUUUGUAUAUUUUAUUAUUCAAGGUGUAUGCACUUUUAAGAAGCAGAAUUUAUAUUUUUAUGUUUAAAACAUUUUAUUUCCGAGACAGCAGUUGGUUAUAUAGUAUACAAUUGGAAUUAAGAGAAAACUGGAAAUGUAACAAAACAUAAUAAAUUUACUACAUGCCUUCUUCAA